GGAGGAGUGCCAACAUCCCGUUCUCCAUGCGAGAUGAGUGGGCCAUUUGAUUGGCUCUUCCCCUAAGAGUGACAGCAGACAGAGCCUAUGGGUGCAAAGGCACGGCUGCUCCGCCCCGCGCUUGCAAGGUGCGCCGACGGACCCUUCCAGUGCUGGUCCUGCUGCUUGCCCUGUCUCGUCGUCCCCAUGGCCGUCCCGCCGCAGCUACGGGCUCUGCUCCUUGCGGUCAACGCACUGUUGCGCAAGCGCCGCUACCACGCUGCGUUGGCCAUGGUUAAGGGCUUCCGGAACGGGGCAGUCUACGGAGUCAAAAUCCGGGCCCCUCACGCGCUGGUCAUGACCUUUCUCUUCCGGAGUGGCAGAUCAACAUGUACCUGCUGUCACGACUCCUGUUUGCCCUGUGCCGCCUGGGCGUGGAGAAGGGCUACAUUCCCGAACCCAGGCUUCCUCCGUCAGACUGUCCUCAUGGGCUGGAUGUCAGCUGAGGGAAGGAUCAGGGCCAGACCACAUCAGCUCUUAUUACUUUCCUUUUUAGGGGGUCUUUUUAGUGUGUGUCAUGAACCGCUUUGGCAUCUGGUGAAGCCUAUGGACUCUUCUCAGAAUGCUGUAUUUAAACCCAUUAAAUAAAAUACAUAGGAGGGACGCCUGGGUGGCUCAAUCAUUUGAGUGUGUGACUUCAGCUCGGGUCAUCAUCUCAUGGUUCCUGGGUUUGAGCCCCGUGUCGGGCUCUGCACUGGCAGCACAGAGCCUGCUUGGGAUUCUUGCUCUCUCCUCUCUCUCUGCCCCUCCCCUGCUCACGCUUUCUGUCUAUAAAUAAAUAAAUAAAUAAAUAAAUAAAUAAAUAAAUAAAUAAAACUUUAAAAAUAAAUAAAAUAAAAUAAAAUACAUAGGGUUAUUGGGGUGCCUUGCUUGCUUAGUCAAUGAAACAUGUGACUUUUGAUCUUGGGGUUGUGAGUUUGAACCCCACAUUGGGUGUGCAGAUUACUUAAAAAUAAAAUCUUGGGGCACCUGGGUGGCUCAGUCGGUUGAGUGUCCGACUUUGGCUCAGGUCAUGAUUUCACAGUUUGUGAGUUCGAGCCCUGCAUCCGACUCACUGCUGUCAGCAUGGAACCUGCCUCAGAUCCUCUCUUCCGCUCUCUCUCUGCCCCUGCCCUGCUUGCUCUCUCUCUCUCUCUCUCUCUCUCUCUCAAAACUAAACAUUAAAAAAAUUAUUUUUAGGGGCACCUGGGUGGCUCAGUCGGUUAAACGUCUGACUUCAGCUCAGGUCAUGAUCUCGCAGUUCGUGGGUUUGAGCCCCACAUCGGGCUCUGUGCUGACAGUUCAGAGCCUGGAGCCUGCUUCACAUUUUGUGUCUUCCUCUCUCUCUACCCCUCUACUACUCAUGCUCUCUCUCUCUCUCUCUCUUUCUCUCUCAAAAAUAAACAUUAAACUUUUUUUAAUCUUUUUAAAUAAAAUCUUAAAAAAUAAUACAAAUAAAAUGCAUAGGAUUACAAAAGACAAGAAUUAUAUUGACUAUAGAGUUAAUUAUCAAAAUAUUUUUUUAAAUUUGUGAUUUAGUAUUAUAUGUUCUUUUUUUAGCACACUAAAUAAAUAGUAGCAGAUCUAAAAGUGUCAUGAUUUCACAGGUGCAUUAGGCAUAAACAGUACCUCCAGAUCUGGCAGCAGCUGUGACAGGGCACUGAUGUAGUUGUGGUUUCUGUUGCUGAUAAAGUUCUGGUGCUGCUAAUUUGCCUCUGGUCUGUUGCCUGCAUGGAGUUGAAGGAGAUGUUACAUUGCAGUCAGAGGCUGGUGAAUUAAUAGAUGUAAUAUUUUUCUCCUGUCCAAGUUCCUGGAACUUGGGUUCAUGGGUCACAGAUUCAGAACUUAUGUUUGAGAGUGAUCUCAGCCUGACCACAUGGCAGCUGUCCUUAACCUAGCCCUGAACAUGGGAAUAAUAAAAAUACUGGCUGAUGUUGUAUGAGUCUCUGCCAGUACCAAGUACCUGGUGACAUUGGACGCUAGGACUCGGCAAUGGAAGAAGCCAGCUCCUGCUCACCGGGGGCUUAGAGUCAAGGGAGGGAAGGCUGCCACAUGAAUACACAAAUAAGAUAAUUUUGGAGAGCAGUGGGUGCUCUGAAGUCAAUAGCACAGGGCAGUGUAAUAGAAUGACGUGGAAAGGGAGAACAAGAGGGUCUGUUUUCCAGGGAAGGUCUCUCUGAGAUCCACGGUGAGGAGAGAGCAGAGAUACAGAGGAAGGGUGUUCCCAGCACAGGAUCUGCAAAGUGUGCAGAGGAGGGAACCAGCUGAAAGCAUUCCAGGGCCUGGCAGGAGGCCCGUGUGGCUGGGACAGAGUGCAGGGUGGGGGUGCGCUGGAGUGCUGGAGUGAGUGUUGGAGAUGGAGGCUGAGAAGCUGGCUGGGCCCAUCAGGCAGGCUUUGUGGGCAGAAUAAGUGGUUUGGGUUUUCUUCUAAGUGUUACGGGCAGCCUCUGGCAAAUUUAGGCAAGGGAGUGAUAUGAUGCGAUUUACAUUUUGGAAAGAUUCUUCUAGCUACAAGUGGAGAAGAGUGUAGGGGGCCAGGUUGGCAGUAAGGAUCCGUAAGGAAGUUACAUCAUGGUCUGGGUGAGAGACCAUGGCAGCCUGGACCAGGGUGGGGCUAUGAGGUGGAGAGGAGUGGACAGAUGUGGGAUAUAAUUUGGAGAGAGACUUUGUGGCCCAGGGCUGGGGGCGGGGGGAGCAAGAGGGGUAUAGUGAAUGACCCCCAUGUUCCUCCUCCUUAGGCCUUGCCCCCCCACCUGAGAAAGGAAAGCCCUGACCUUGCCCCCCCACCCUUGCCUCCUCAGCCCCCUACAGCCCUGGGGCCCCUGGCAUGCGGGCUUCCCAGCUGGCCCCAAUUGUUGUUACUCCCCAGGGAGUCAUGGGAACACACUCCCCCUGCCCCUUUCAGCCCCCUCUUCCCAGACAGGGCCAGGCCCUAACAAUGCCCCCUCAGCCAGCCAGUGGCCUGGACACAAUGCCCCUGAUUCGGUUCAUUGCCAGCUCUAGGAGGCCUGCUGGGUUUCCUGGCCUGUUUGGCAUAUAUAUAACUCUGGCUUCUAGCAGGGAUUUUUUUUUUUUUUUUUUU